ACUGGCCAGUCCUGACCUGCGAACGGUGGUGAAGGCAGGGAAGGGCAAGCCAAGCCAAGCAUGUGGGAAAGGAAAUUGUUGUGUUACGUGGACAGUCAUCUGUCUCUCUUGCACAUAGAGCAGUUACGGGCCUGAUUGAUUCCCUGUACAGCCUGGUAUACGUAAAGCAGGGGUGAUUCUGGUCCGUCAGAAGCUGCAAUCCUCUGCACGUAUAGAGCAUGAGACCCACUGAAAUAUCACUGGCUGCUUAUUGUGGGAGUUGCUGUAGAAAGAUGGGAACUUUUGGCUUAUCCCGGAAACCUGACCAGUCAUGGAAAGAUAUCAGGAAAAUUGCAAAGUUAACUGGCUCAAUUAUUCUAGGGGGUUGUCUCUUUGCUACAUAUGAACUACUGACUUUAAAGAAGUUACUUUCUUUUGACACCCAAGUGGUACAGCAAGAAAAAUUAAAGUCCUACAUUUAUUUGCAAACAGUUUCUUUAGAUCCAAGUGAAUAUCAAGGAAUUACUUAUCAAGUGAGAAAGGAACUUCAUAGAGCAGCAAGAAAAAUACUAGAAACAAAUGCUAAAAUUUUCCGAAGACCAUUUGAUGACCGUUUCAGUUCCUUCGAUGCAGAAGAACAUGAGUCUGCCUUGUGGCUCCUUCUGAAAAGAAGCCAGUCGAAAGAUAAGAUGGUCCGAAUACAAGCUGUACAGGAACUGGCCUCCAAUCGUUACUGGCGCGAUUACCAAUAUAGGACAGCUGCUCAAACCAGCGAUCAGAGAACUACUAUUGGUUUAGCUCGAAGUAAAGAUGUUGACCUGCGAUUUUUCCUGCCACCCCAUCUUGCACCCAAACCAAAGGAUGGAUGUUGUUUGGAAGAGGAACUUCGACUGCUGCUGGCAGCUUUACCUCAGACAGGUCUUGACCAAUCUGUACAGUAUUUCACAUCUUUGGCUUUAAGAGAAAGCAGUCAGACCAUCGCUGCACAAAAGGGAGGCUUAUGGUGUUUUGGUGGAAAUGGGCUUCCUUAUUGUGAAAGUCUCAGCAUUGUCCCUGCAAAGACUGUAGAACUCUUCUCUUUGCAAGCUUUAGUGGAACAUUCCAAGGUUCCUAAUCAUAGUGACCAAAUUGAAUCCCAUGGAGGGCUUCAACUACUACAGAAAUUAUAUCAGCUUCGUAAAGACUCUGCAAAAAUACAAAGGAGCAUCAUUCAUAUAAUUGGGAACAUGGCACUGGAUGAACGGCUUCACUCCUCUAUAUCACGCGCAGGCUGGGUUUCUGUACUAGCUGAAAUGAUGAAGUCGCCGCGUGUCAUGGAAUCCUCCCAUGCAGCAAGAGCCUUGGCCAAUCUAGAUAGGGAAACAGUGCCGGAGAAGUAUCCUGAUGGAGUAUAUCUCUUACACCCCCAACAUCGAACCAAUCAGCCCAUUAAAGCCGAUGUCCUUUUCGUUCAUGGCCUUUUGGGAGCAGCAUUUAAAACAUGGCGGCAACAGGAUAUUGAGCAGUCUGCAGCUGAAAAGGAAGUAGAUGCAGAAGAAGAUUACAGUGAAUGUUGGCCAAAGACAUGGUUAGCGUCCGACUGCCCUGUGCUUAGAAUUAUAUCUGUGGAAUAUGACACCCAUCUGAGUGACUGGAAGACAAAAUGUCCUGUGGAGAGCUACAGGGAGUCAAUUGCCUACAGGAGUACUGAGCUUCUCAAGAAACUAAAAGCUGCUGGUGUUGGAGACAGACCUCUCAUAUGGCUGUCACACAGCAUGGGAGGUCUUUUAGUUAAAAAGAUGCUGCUAGAUGCUUCCAAGGACCCUGAAAUGGACUCCAUUGUAAACAACACCCGAGGAAUAGUCUUCUACAGUGUCCCUCAUCAUGGCUCACGAUUGGCUGAAUACUCAGUAAACGUUAGAUUUCUGUUCUUUCCUUCUGUGGAAGUGAAGGAACUCAGCAAAGAUUCUCCAGCCCUUAAAGCACUGAAUGACGACUUCGUCUCAUUUGCUAAGGACAAGAACUUUCCUGUUUUGAGUUUUGCAGAAACACUGCCAACGCAAGUUGGUAGAAUGUUGAGAAUCCAUAUUGUACCUGUGGAAUCUGCAGAUUUAGGCAUUGGAGAACUCAUUCCAGUAGAAGUUAGCCACCUGAAUAUUUGCAAACCAAAAAACAAGGACUCUUUCCUCUACCAGCAUACCCUGAAGUUUAUUCAAGAUACUUUAGCAAAAGAUCUGGGGAACUGAAGAACAGCUCCUGAUGCAAUUCCAGCAAACUUGUGUUGAAACUGCUGGGCUUACAGGGGUGCUAAGGCACAUCAAGUGGUGUUGCUGGCAGAUUUUUGCAAUAUACUUAAGAGAGGAAACUUCAUAAAGCACAGUACAUAGAUUUCAUAUGCCAAUGCCACGAUACCUUUGUUUUCCUUAAUGGUUUUGUUUACGCUUGCCUGCAAAUGUAGCACAGGAAAGUUAUCAUCCAAAACCUAGCAAAUAUCUUUUUUACCCCAGGAGUCUUUUUUUCCUAUUUGGAUGCCACUGUGCCCAAGAACACUCACGCUGCACUCAGUCUAUAACAAAAUCUUGGCCAGCCCCAUGCAUUGGUGGGGAGAGUGGAUAUUAGAUAAGCACAGGCUGGAACUUCAUGCAAGGGAGUGCUGUAGGGAUCAAAUGCACUGGAAUGAAGCAUCUGGCCUCCCACCGUAGGAGCCAUGGGGUUAUGUCCUUUCACAUUUGAGACCAAAAGUACUACACUAUCUUAUGAUAAGAGCUGCCUUAAAACAAACAGGCAAAUGUGACAAAAGGUCUGAUGCUGUUUCUACAGUGACAAUUGAACCUGCAGGUUCAAACUUUACAAACAAGUGCCUCCACUUGUAGAUUGUGUUGCUGCUUGUGUUCACUAGGAAGUAGGCAAACAGGGUUGUUCUCUAAAGGAUUCUGGUUCAAUGUAUUACUCCCAUGGUGACUGAUUUUCUGCAUUCAUCUUCAGUCAAAAUGUUGAGUGGAGGAAUGAAGCUUUGCUAAUUUAUCCUGCAUGAAAAGACUGCAGAAUAAAAGCAGAGAACCUUCUUAAACCUUUACCAUCAUUGUGAUAGUUUAGAAUAUAGUAGUAGUCACCACCUAAAAUAUUCUGAAUCGCAAGCCUUCAAUUUAAGGCCAAUAUAAACUCAAUAAAAUGGAAGAAAAACAAAUCCACAGUUCAUUUGCCUUUUGCAGCCAAAAUGGGAACUCAACAAUGCUACUAUAAUGAGCUAGUGUACUGCCAUAUACAGCAAAGAUUUGUUUAAUUGUUGGCACUGUCUGAAGCAGGUAAUUCCACUGUGCUCCCAACAUGGGCAAAGCAUGUAAGGUUAGCAACUCUGGUCUGAUUUAUAUUGUAAUAUUUGUGCAAUGAUGAACUAAAUAGUGUUGUAUAUAUCAUUUUCAAAUAAAACCAGAAAAGUCUUAUUGCAGAGAAACCACUGUGAGGUGCAAUUUCAUAGGCUUAAAAGUCAGUUUAUUUGAUUGAUUGUAAAAUAUUGCUUGCUGCCUACUCUAGAGUAAUAUACCUUAAGGCAGUGGUUCCCAACCUGGGUGGGGUCCUCUAUAUGUUGCUGAACUAUACCUUCCAUCAUCCCCAGCUACGUAUGUGCAGUAUAAGAUCUUGAACAUUCUGUGCUAAGCUUGAGUAUCCGUCUGAAGAUAUCUGAUGUAGUUUCAUCUUGGAAAAGGUCCAAUAACUGCACUGCCUAGGAUCCCCAUGUCUGUCAUUUUGGUUAAAAGAAGAGCCUUACUGGAUCAGACCUGAGGGCCAUCUGAGAGGAAGAGUGAGACAGAUAUAACAAGUAAUCAUAGCAUAGCUUUCCGCAUGCCUCCACGAUCAGCACAAGGUGGAGCUGGCAGCUGGGUUGUCAGCCCUAUUGAAAAUGACUAUUCUACUUUCGUCAGUAUAAAGAAGAAUCAGCUACUUUCCUGAGUCAAAUAGUAAUCGAUAUUGGUCCAUCCCUCCCUUCUAUUAUGUAAAAUCUGUAUGAACAAGAUGGCAGAAUAGAGUUUGACCCAGUUCACACAAGAUCUUGGGUUGCUUUUGACUCACAGAAGUCGAUCUCCAUGAGCAUAAUGUAUAAUGGUAGUUAACCAACUGCUGACAAAUAGUGAGUUGUGAUGGCUUAGGGCAACUAUUUUCAGUUAUUGGAGGAGCGCAUCCCUGUGAGCAACAUAACAUCUUGCAGCUCUGGGAAGGAAAACGUAAACUGUUAAUCAGUCCAGCCCUGCUUUGCAUUAAGCUCACGUGUUUCAUGAAGACCAGUAUCCUUGGGGAAGAGUUGUACUGGAGCCUCCUCUUUGAAAGAAGUUGAUUGGCCAAAGGAGCUAAGCAAGAUAAACUGUAAUCACUCCUCUGCUUGCUUCUUAGCCCUUCUGGCAGUCCUGCUAAAAUUCUUGAAAGGCUAGUUCACACAUCUGAAGCAUCUGAUCUUUCCUUGCUUGAUUACUCAAUACUUGGUGACCUAUAGUUGCACAUGUAAAUUAUUUAUUUAUUUAAAACAUUUAUAUACCACCCAAAACGUAAGUCUCUGGGCAAAACAAUAAAAACAGAGAAAAAUAUUAAAACAUCACAACAAUUAAAAUUUAAAAUGUUAACACUAUUAAAAACAAUUAAAACCUCAAAUUGUUGCAUGAGAACUAUUGUGCGGAAUAUUUUAUAUCAAAUGUGUGAAGAUUUGUGUGGCUAAGUUGACAUCAUGUAAUUAAUUUGUGAUAGGGCAUUCACACAUGAGUCACUUGAUGCUACAGAUUUUGACUAAGAAACAUACAUUAGCAAACUGGUCCUAAGCCAAGAUAGUUUACAAGGUGCCUGGAUGAGAAAUGGCACGAAAAACAGUAUAUAAGCACCAUCAC